AUGACUAAGCAGGAUAAGGCACCGAUGAUCACGAGCGCGUUGAACAUCGAACUUUACAACUAUCAAAGCUUUAUCAUUGCACAGGCGUUGUUUUGGAGAUAUCUUCGUUUGGAAUUUGGUCUGAUGUAUCGAUCACGACCGGCUGGUGGCGACGGCGGCGUCAAGACCCCUCUACAACCCAAAUCGGUGAACUCACAGACCUCGGUCGAUCGCUUAGUAAGGCCUUUCAAAUGCCCCGGAACUGCGACGCCAACACGAGCAUCCGAGAAGCCAUCGAGAAAGAAGCGAAAGGUCAAUUACGCCAAUGCCGAUGGAAGUGUCGAGGAUGGCGAGAAACCGUACACAAACGAGGAUAGACUCGCUCUGGCAACGAGAGAGGCAAAUAAGUUCCCUGUCUUCAAACCCAGGGAUAAGGAUACGGCCUUCCGAUCUCGAUUUCAGGUUCCGUUGUUGAACAAAGACACAGGCGAGUACAGCGCUGGGCGGGCUGCCCCGACAUUGGGUAUGCGACGCGGUGCGACAUUUGUCGUCAAGCCGCUGCAUGAUCCAAGCGGAGAGUUUGCUAUUGUGUUAUAUGACCCAACGGUGGAUGACGUUGCUGAAGAACCCGCGCCCAAAAGCUUGGAAGCACCCUCAGAAGAAACUCCGACCAUUGAUGAACCGAUUAUGCAUAAAAGUUUGGCUGAUAUCCUGGGCCUCAAGAAGGAUGUGGAAGAACGGCCGAAGGUGCCUGUUGUUCUCGAUCCGAGAUUGUGCAAAGUUCUUAGGCCACAUCAAGUGGAGGGCGUGAAGUUCCUUUAUCGAUGCGUUACUGGGUUGGUUGACAAGAAUGCCAAUGGGUGCAUUAUGGCAGAUGGUAUGGGACUGGGCAAAACGCUUCAAUGCAUCGCGUUGAUGUGGACACUUCUCAAACAAUCAUCUGAGGCAGGGAAAACUACAAUCCAGAAAUGCGUUAUAGCAUGUCCCUCGAGUUUGGUCGGGAAUUGGGCUAAUGAAUUGGUCAAAUGGCUUGGAAAGGAUGCCACAACACCAUUCGCAAUAGAUGGAAAGGCCACCAAGGCAGAGCUUAUAGCUCAAAUCAAGCAGUGGGCAAUCGCAUCAGGGCGUGGUAUCGUCAGACCGGUUCUCAUUGUGUCGUACGAGACACUCCGCAUGUAUGCGGAUACUUUGAAUGAUACGCCUAUUGGACUUUUGCUAUGUGAUGAAGGCCACCGUCUGAAGAACAAGGACAGUCUGACAUGGACGGCCCUGAACCAACUCAAUGUCACCCGUCGGGUAAUUCUUUCAGGAACUCCCAUCCAGAAUGACUUGUCCGAAUACUUUGCUCUUCUCCACUUCGCUAAUCCAAACGUUCUUGGUUCCCAAAUGGAGUUCCGAAAGAAGUUUGAAUUGCCCAUCCUAAAGGGCCGAGAUGCAGAAGGCACAGAUGAGGAAAAGAAGCUGGGAGAUGAACGGUUGAAAGAGUUGUCUGGGGUUGUCAACAAGUUCAUCAUCCGCCGGACUAAUGAGCUCCUCUCAAAAUACUUGCCCGUCAAGUAUGAGCAUGUUGUAUUCUGCAACAUGUCGCAAUUCCAGCGCGGUCUAUAUAACCACUUCAUUCAAAGCCCAGAGAUCAAGAGUUUGCUUCGUGGAAAGGGCAGUCAGCCACUGAAAGCAAUUGGUCUUCUGAAAAAGCUUUGCAAUCACCCGGAUCUUCUUGAUUUGGAAAAGGAUCUGCCAGGAUGCGAGCAUGCUUUCCCCGAAGACUACACGCCUCCUGAUGCUCGAGGCCGCGACAGAGAGAUCAAGAGUUGGUACUCAGGGAAGAUGAUGGUGCUUGACCGCAUGCUGGCCCGAAUUCGACAAGACACCAACGACAAGAUCGUUCUCAUUAGCAAUUACACCCAAACGCUGGAUCUGUUCGAGAAACUAUGCCGGUCUCGUGCUUAUGGUUGCUUGAGGCUUGAUGGAACAAUGAAUAUCAAAAAGCGCACUAAACUAGUUGACAAGUUCAACGACCCGGAUGGCCCAGAGUUUGUGUUCCUUCUGAGUAGUAAGGCUGGUGGAUGCGGUUUGAACUUGAUUGGCGCCAACCGGCUGGUGCUCUUCGAUCCCGAUUGGAAUCCGGCUGCCGAUCAGCAAGCGUUGGCACGAGUGUGGCGAGACGGACAAAAGAAGGACUGUUUCGUCUACCGUUUCAUUGCGACCGGCUCAAUCGAAGAGAAGAUAUUCCAGCGCCAAUCUCACAAACAGUCUCUUUCGACCUGUGUCGUUGACUCUGCGGAAGAUGUGGAACGCCACUUCUCCUUGGAUUCGCUACGAGAACUCUUCCAAUUCAAGCCGGAUACUCGCAGUGAUACACAUGAUACUUUCAAAUGCAAGCGAUGUCGACCCGAUGGCACGCAAUACAUCAAGGCUCCAGCGAUGCUGUAUGGAGAUACGAGUUCGUGGAAUCAUUUUGUCAACACUGGCGAGCAAGGCCCGUUGAACCAGAUUCAAGACCUGCUUCUGCGCCAAGAGACUGGAGAGCAGGACGUCUCUGCUAUUUUCCAAUACAUCAGUCACUGA